CGCUUCAUCUCUACGGAUAAUUUAUUAAACUAGGGGUGGUCCAUGCCCCACGCGGCGCCAGCUACCGCCAUGUCGGCCCCGCCGCGCCACCCACACUUCUACACAGUCGAGGUCGGCGACACACGUUUCACAAUCCUAAAACGUUACCAGAACCUCAAGCCUAUCGGAUCCGGAGCACAGGGCAUAGUAUGCGCGGCUUAUGACACAGUGACACAGCAAAAUGUCGCGAUCAAGAAGCUUUCGAGACCCUUCCAGAACGUAACGCACGCGAAACGCGCCUACCGCGAGUUCAAACUUAUGAAACUCGUCAACCAUAAAAAUAUAAUUGGUCUUUUGAACGCAUUCACGCCACAGAAGAGUCUAGAAGAGUUCCAGGACGUAUAUUUGGUGAUGGAGCUAAUGGACGCUAAUUUAUGCCAAGUGAUUCAGAUGGACCUGGAUCACGAACGUAUGAGCUACCUGCUCUAUCAGAUGCUUUGCGGUAUCAAGCAUCUCCAUCUUGCUGGAAUCAUACAUCGGGACCUAAAGCCGUCCAACAUAGUAGUGAAGAGCGACUGCACGCUCAAGAUCUUGGACUUCGGUUUGGCGCGUACGGCCGGGACCACCUUCAUGAUGACCCCCUACGUCGUCACCAGAUAUUACCGAGCGCCCGAGGUGAUCCUCGGUAUGGGUUACACGGAAAAUGUGGAUAUCUGGUCAGUAGGAUGUAUCAUGGGGGAGAUGAUUCGUGGCGGUGUACUGUUUCCGGGAACUGAUCACAUCGAUCAGUGGAACAAAAUUAUAGAGCAGCUGGGCACGCCGUCGGCCGCCUUCAUGGCGCGCCUGCAGCCCACGGUGCGCAACUACGUGGAGAACCGGCCGCGCUACGCCGGCUACAGCUUCGAGCGCCUGUUCCCCGACAUCCUGUUCCCGUCCGACUCCAGCGAGCACAACCGCCUCAAGGCGUCGCAGGCGCGCGACCUGCUGUCGCGCAUGCUGGUCAUCGACCCCGAGCGCCGCAUCUCCGUGGACGAGGCGCUGCUGCACCCCUACAUCAACGUGUGGUACGACGAGGGCGAGGUCAACGCGCCGGCGCCGGCGUCGUACGACCACUCGGUGGACGAGCGCGAGCACACGGUGGAGCAGUGGAAGCAGCUCAUCUACCAGGAGGUGGUGGAGUACGCCGCGCCGCCGCCCGCCGCGCACCACCAGCCGCCGCCCGACCACGCGCAGCCCGCGCUCACCACAUAG